CAAAUUUGAACGGUCGGGCGCCAUUUUAGUAGUAUUCGAUUCAUUUUGGUCCUUGUGACAUGGAAUUUGACAUAGUAAAUUCCGUGGAGGAUGCAUAUAAUCCGAAUAAUAAUUUAUACAUACGUGUGCUGCACAAGCGAAUCGAACAAGCUAACUUGCCUGUUGACAGUCAAAGAUUUAGGAAAACCGCCGAAGAAGAUAUCGAAGGCUUCUUGAAUUCGAUUCAUGUGCCUUUUUUUGUGUUGAAAAACUGGAAAGAGACAAUUAAUGUCAAUGUCGUUAAAAACUGUUUCAAAGGACUAGUCUCUUUUCUCAAUUUGUUUAGCAACGAACUGAAAGAACAUAGUAGAAACGGGUCAAGACUAGGUGAUAACGAAGAACAAUUAAAACUCCAGAGAAGUGCCUUUAAAAUGGCUGUUUACUUACUUUGUGAAUUUGGUGUAAGGUUAGAGAAAAUGAGUAUGAAAGCUGAAAAAGAGGCAACAGCAAUGCAAACGGGACGAAAGAAAAGAAAACAGUCAUUAGCAGACACAGACCCCUUAGCUGGUCACUGGAAGGUGGAAAAAAAAGAAAGUAUUGUAGCAGUCCUAAGGCUUUUCAAACAAGAUGUGGACUCUCUUUGGAAUCCUCCAGGAGCUUCGAGAGACGUACUGAAUUGUGUUCUCACUUAUGCGUAUCUUCUAUUAGACAGUCCAAUGAUUUUGUAUGAUAAUUUACUGUUGGAACAAAUAUUAACCAUAUUAGCCAUUUUCAUCAAAAGGUAUAGCCAUGAACAUGCCUUCUGUCAGCAAAUCUUAAACAAAAUGCUUAAUGUCGGUAUGGAGGAGAACGAUAUUAAAUCACUUGGAAGGGGUGUGGCAGGAAUAAUUGAAAAGAAUAGAUUUAAACCCCUACUAAAAUCAUUCCUUCUUCAGUUUGCAUCUCCUGAAAAUGAUAAUGAUAGAUCUGCAAAAGGGCUGGCUUUUCUUCUGUCUGCUUUUGGAGAAAAACUAUUCUAUUAUAUGCCUGAACUAUCUGACGAAUUAUUCAACAUUUUAGAAAUAGAUAACCAUUUGUUAAGGUCAGCAGCCCUAUCUGUUAUUGGAGAUACUUUAAUUGGAGUUUUUAAUCAUGAGAAUCGUCGAAAACUUGAAUUGGGCAACGUUGCUGAAGAAGAAAGUAAAAUAUUGGAUUUUUUCUUGAAGCAGCCUGAUCCGUUAAAAGUCUAUCUUGAUAAUCAAGACGACUUCUCUACUGCUCUUUUCGAACAUAUCCAUGACUUACACAGUGCUGUAAGAGCAAGGGUUUUAGGCAUUUGGGAAGUGAUCUACGAAAAAAAUAGCGUCAGUGUCGACUUUAUAGUGAAACUCGUCGAACGAGUAGCUCUCAGAUUAUAUGAUAAAGCAGCAUAUGUCAGAAAGUCUGCCUUUAAUUUUCUUUGCAGUGUUAUUAGGGAUCAUCCAUUUUCUGAUGAUAUUCUAAAGCGUCCUCAAAGCGAGAUUUUACAAGAAUCUGAGCAGAAGAGAAUAGAAGUGGAAGAGAAACUUAAAAGUUUUCAGGAAAAUGAAAGUGAAGCUGAAGUGGACAAUGAUGUGGCUCAAAAGAAAAAAAAUUUGAAUGAGGCUUUGCAUUUUAUUGAUUCUGAAAUUAAAUUUGUUAAGGCUAUAACUCAAGUCUUCCCAAAGGCCCUUUCACAGCUGAAAGCGAAACAGUCAACGGAUCGAAGUGUUGCUAUCAAAUUUUUUGCUCUGUGUAAUUCUCUAGGUGUAAUUGAAGCAGAGAACGGAGUUAAAGAAAUUUUACCUUUGAUUUGGAGUGAGGAAGAAACGGUUAGGAAGGUGGUUAUCGAUGCGUUCAAAGGUCUUUUUUGGGGAGAAGACGAUUGUCCUGAUAAUCGAAAACAAUCUAUUGACUUUGUUGCUAAAGUUAGUAAAUUAGUAGAAAAUGCGUCUUACGAAGAAUUUGAUGCUAUAUCUGAUAUUAUCGGCUGUGUAAAUCUAUCACCUGCCAUUAUGAAUUCUAUAAGACAAAUUUUGUGGGAAAGAUUUACAAGAAAACUACAACCAACUAGUGAAGAGGAAAGCAGAUGCGCUUUGCAAUUGUUAACGAUGAUUGCUAAAUGUGAAAGAGCAAUAUUUACAGAUAACAACGUAGAUGUUCUAAUUACAGAAGGAAUAGAAAAACGUGGAAGAGGAGACUUUACAUUAGCUAAGCUAACGUUUGAUUGUCUUCUCCAAAUGAUUCCUCCUGGGGUUGAGGGUCGGUCUAAGAAAGAUCAAGCAAUCACAUCUAAGAAUAAAGGAAAGAUAUCCAAAGCAAAAUUAUCUCAGGAAAAGCGCAGAUACAGUAAUGAGGAUCCAUUAAUAAGGAGCAUAUGCAAUUUAAUAGUAGAUGGAUUUACCGAUAAAAGCCAAAAAAAGUUCUCUUACAUUUAUAUGGUUGAAUCGGCGUUGAAAUUCUUGAUGGAAUUUGCUGACAAUUGCAUUAUAAUAUACGACACAAUACUUCAACAGCUUAUGGAGCUAUUAAAAAAGAACAUAUCAACUGAAGCCGCACCUGGGUCUGAACAAGAAAUGGAGCUAGACGAUUUGUUAAGCGACGAUAAUGAAAGGUGUUCUUUCCUGCCAGUGUAUUUGGUCACGAGGUUUAUUUUUAUUAUUGGUCACAUGGGUCUUCAAUGUUAUGUUUAUUUGAAAACUGAUGUUCUUGUAGAACUUCAAAACCGUAAGAAAAAUAAGAAAUUGUCAAUUAGUCCAAAUUUUACUCCUCAAGUUAAUGCGGGAGGUCUUUCUUUUCUCGACUCUAUGAAUGAUAGUCAGAAUUUAGAAACUGAAGACGAAACUGAACGUAUUGAUAGGGUUUGCGAUGAGGAGCUGGUUACUAGCAACCUGCUGGGAAAAUUCAGCCAGUUUAUUAUCGAUAUCUGCAGGGAUUCUUUACGGAGAGAUGUCAAAAGCAAAGAUUUACAAGUAGCUGCUGCUGGCGCACUUUGUAAAUAUAUGAUAGUAUCAAAGAGAUAUUGCGAAGAUAAUUUACAGUUGGUUUUCUCGUUAAUUAGAAAUUCGCCUCUGGCUGAUGUUAGAUUAAUAUGCAUUGUAUCUGUUGGAGAUAUGAUGUUUAAUCACAUCUCAGAAGUGAAUGAAUGGAAUGCUAAGCUAUAUGAUCAAUUGAGUGACAAAGAUCCACGCAUAAGAAAGGCUACUUUAGCCGUAUUAUGCCGUUGCUUCGAGUAUGGUAUCAUAAAAAUAAAAGGCAACCAUUUGGGACAGGUCGCGCUUUGUUUGGUUGAUAAGGAGAGAAGAAUAGUUGACGAAGCAAGAAAUUUGUUUAAAAUCUAUGCGAAACGACAAGAGAUUAUUUAUAAUGCUAUUCAGAACGUUGUCACUUACCUUGUCAGUUCUACUAGUGAAUCCCGAUGCGAUGAGGACGAUUUCAAGAAGAUAAUCGACUACUUAAUACAAUUUCUGACUAAAGUUAGCGAACACGAGAGUUUUGGUGAGAAGUUAUGCGCUAAAAUGAAAACGGCUGUAGACGAAAGGCAAUGGCGUCAACUGGCCUAUUGCUUCACUAAAAUAAUGCCUACCCCUAAAGUUGUCAAUACGCUAAAUAGAAAAAUUGCUGACAUUGCCGACAAACUUUCCGAGCCAUUUGUUCGUGAGUCACUUAGAAGUUUGAUUUCAACUGCCAAAAAGAUGAACAAGGGCAACGAACCUGAAAUAGCUGAAUUAGAAGAUAAAAUUCGUCGCGUAUUAACUGGAGAGACGUUUAAUGCAGACCUAGAAGAUGAAUCUCCGAUGAAACCUAGGAAAACUCCUGACAAACGACUAGUUGGUAGAGGCCGAGGAAAGGGAAGAAAACCUCUUGCGAAAAAAUCUCAAUCUAACUGGGCUUAUGAGAUGAGUAGUGAGAGUGAUUAGUUGUUAACAAUCGGUUUUGUACAUAGACUUUAUAAAAAAAACAUGUGUAUAUUUUUUAUAUCUCAUGAGUUGAAAAAUACAUUAUAUAUUACAAACUUGUUUCUUAAAAGAUUUCUUUAUUAAUAUCUUAUGAAUAUUAGAAGCGAG